AUGGGCAACAUAAUAUCAAGUGCUACUCCGCCGAGUACGACCACGGCUGGCAUAGAUUCAUAUGUUAGUGAGGUUCCCAGUGUCCUGUAUGAACGGAGUUUGGGUAGUGCCAGAUUCUUGAAAACAAUCCGUUGUAGGCACCCAGAAGGUCCCAUUGUCGUCAAAAUCUUUGUCAAGCCUGAAAUCAGUGUGUCAUUGAGACAAUGGGUCAAGGAAUUGCAGAAUCAACGCGAUGUCUUGCUCGAAAUACCGAAUUGCUUUCCCUAUCAACGUAUAUUCGAAACGGAACGAGCUGGAUACUUGAUUCGACAAUACUUUUUUAGUAGCUUGUAUGAUCGAAUCAGCACACGGCCAUUCUUGACUCUGGCUGAAAAGAAGUGGAUUGCCUUCCAAAUCUUGUCUGGUUUAGCAGGAGCACACGCUCAUCACAUAUAUCAUGGAGAUAUCAAAACUGAGAAUGUCCUCGUUACAUCAUGGAACUGGGCCUACCUGGCAGACUUUUCACCCUUCAAACCUACAUAUCUCCCUGAAGACAAUCCUGCAGACUUCUCCUUCUUCUUUGACACGUCAUCACGUAGAGCUUGCUAUAUAGCUCCCGAACGAUUCUGUGCCCCAGGCGAGAAUCUAUUCGGUGACAAGGACGCGGAAGGCCGGGUUACAGCAGCCAUGGAUAUAUUCUCAAUGGGAUGUACAAUAGCUGAGCUAUUCUUAGAAGGAUCUCCCUUAUUCACAUUCCCACAGCUACUUCGAUAUCGAAAUAAAGAAUACGAACCAACUGCCGAUCUAGCCAAAAUCGAAGACGAGCAUAUCCGAAAUAUCGUGAAGCAAAUGAUACAGCUAGAUCCUACGAAACGAUCAUCUGCCGAAUCGUAUCUAAGUCGUGGUCGAGGAACCGCGUUUCCAGAAUACUUUUAUUCAUUCUUGCAUCAAUAUGUUGCUUCCGUUACAGAUCCGGCAUCUGCUACACCAUUAGCAGUCACACUUCCGAGUACAUAUGAUAGCAUGGGUGUCAUGUCUGCUGGAACAACGCCAGGAUCGUUGGAUUCUAAAUGGGUUGUUCCUGAUGCUGAUGCCAAAAUUGAACGAAUUUAUGCUGAUUUUGGGAAGAUUGCUGUUGCUUUAGGUAUGGGUGGAACAGAUGGAGGUGCCAGUAGACGGCCAUCUGCUGUAAAAGAUGAGUCUAAGACGGAACAGCCUGGAGGAAUGGCUGGUGAUCCGAUUCGACAAGGAACGAAUAAUGCUAGCUUGCUACCCGUCAAUUUAAAUAUACCCAAUUAUGCUGUUUCUUCAGUCAGUAUCAAACCUAGAGCUGAAGCUGCUGAUGGAUGUCUAAUAUUCACAUCCAUUGUCUGCUCAUGCAUACGAAACACUCUGUACCCAUCAUCCAAACUGUUUGCUCUGGACUUAUUAUUGGCCCUGAGUAUUCACUUGUCUGAUGAACACCGGCUGGACCGUGUUGUGCCAUAUCUUGUUUCGCUGUUAUCAGACGAAGCUGCUAUAGUGAGAGCUACGACCGUUAAGAUUCUUACUGAAAUAAUAUGGAUGGUGGAGAGCAUAUCAACAGGGGAUGCAAACAUCUUCCCAGAAUACAUUCUACCGAAUCUACGACGAUUUACAUCAGACUCGGAAGUCUUUGUACGAGCUACUUAUGCCCAAUGUAUCGCUAGCCUGGCGGAAACCGCAAAACGAUUCCUCGACCUAUCAGCAACACUUCGAUCCUCUGAUCCAGAUUCAGACUCAUCGCUAACCGCUCCACCGCACGACGUCCUACUCCGUGACUUGCUGGACAUGGUGCAAGAUGAAGUCGGAACACUGCUUGUUGAUACUGAACCAGCAGUCAAGAGAGCCCUCCUGAGUGAAAUGCCAAGAUUGUGUAUCUUGUUUGGCAAACAAAAGACGAAUGAUGUGUUUUUGAGUCAUAUGAUUACGUAUUUGAAUGAUUUGGAGUGGCAGCUUAGAAGCGCAUUCUUUGAAAGUGUUGUUGGGGUCGGAAUGUUUGUGGGAGCUCGAUCGCUGGAAGAGUAUAUUCUGCCGUUGAUGAUACAAGCUCUGACAGGCAAGCAAAAAGAAAACGUUUCAGCUAAGAUCCUAUUGGAACACUCAUUUAUUUCUGGUCCUCGUUUCAAAGAUUCGGAAGAGUUUGUCGUUGAACGAGUUUUGAAUUCGUUAACCUCCCUGGCUGAGGUCAAAUUGAUUCAAAAAGUCAAGCUAAAGGAGCUAGCAAGCUUGAUUUUGCCGCUGCUUUGUCAUCCUAAUGUGUGGUUGAGACAUGGUGCACUCGCAUUCAUUGUAUCUGUAGCACGAUUACUGCCACUCAUUGACGUUCGAUGUGUCAUAUAUCCACAAUUACGUACCUUUUUGAAAGGCGAUAUUCCUGAAAUUACUGAAUUGGCGAUAAUGGAUUGUUUGAAAGAGCCAGUUGGUCGAGUCUUGUAUGAUCAAGCACUUCAGCACUCUUCGAAAUCUGCAGCACCUGCUCGACCUGAUAUUGGCAUGCGAUCCUUGACUGAUUUAGAAUCGUCUCGUGAUUCUAAUGAUGAGGCUGCGACUGGGAAGACUGCUGAGAGGCAUGAUCUUGAGAAAAAGUUACGUGAACAUGGAAUGACGGAUGAAGACAAGGAGAAACUGUUUGCUAUGAAGUAUUAUAUUUUCAAGAGUACACAGGCCAAGUCAAGAAAAUCACCUCCUUCGAAUGCUGUAAAUCGCUUGUUUACUGAAGAGACUGAACUGAAGUUUGGAACAAUAAAUCUCAAAGCGUUUGGUAUUACACCACGUAAUGAGUUCUUGUACCCACCCAAGAAUUAUUCUGGAGCUGGGAAGGAUUCUCAGUUUGAACAACCGAAAGCUCUAUCACAGCUAUCACGUCUAGCUACAGAAUCGAAUAUCCGUACAGAAACUCGACGAUCAGAUUCACCAAACCCAACAUCACAACCAACAAGUCCUCAUCGACAAACACAUCCAGAUCUACCAAUAAUGUCACCAUCACGAAACCUACAUCCUGCUGCUGCUACUUCUUCAACAGGUGCAGCAAACAACAAUACUCCUGAAAAGGGUUCUGCGGAAUUCUUUUCACCGUUGUCUGCAGCGGGAGGCUCUGAAGAUGGAGCAAGCUCACUCAGCCUAAUAAGUGGCGGCAAGAGUUACUCUAAUGUGAUGGUAGGACGUGGUGCUCAAGUGAAACUACCAGCUGCUGUAGCAGUUAGUGGCGAAACUGCUCGUGGCAUGAUUGAUAUUCAUGGUAGUGGAGGAGGUGGUGGAUCGUCUUCAUCGUCGUCAGUUCCGAUGGAUCGUGGACAUAGUAAGAAAGCUAGUAUUGUUGAUCCAUCUGAUUCUGAGAGAUUGAUGAAUAUGGUCAAUGGAGGUGGUGGAAGUAAUUCUGGUAGUGGGAAUAAUCAUCGGGCCAGUUUGAAGGAAGAUCCGAGGUCUAGUCCCUUUGCUGGUCGUGAGAGGAAUAUUAAGAGAUUGUUGGAGAAGAAGACGUAUGAGUUGUUUCCACCUCCUAUUCCAGAACUUGGUCCCAAAGUCGCAACGUCGACAUUCAGUAUGUCCAGUAGACAAAGGAGAGCUGGUGGUGGUAGUGGUUCUGCGGCCUCCUCGAAUCCAAAUGAUAUCAAAGAAUGGAGACCUGAAGGAACUCUUGUUGCUCAUCUAACAGAACACAAGGGCCCCAUUACGCAGAUUAGAGUUGCACCAGAUCAUGCGUUUUUCGCUUCGGCAUCUACAGAUGGGUCGGUCAAGAUUUGGGAUUCAUUGAGGUUGGAAAGGAAUGUUACGAAUAAGGCGAGGCUAACUUAUCGGCAAGGCGAGUUAUCAAUCAGCUUCAAUAUGUACUUUUUUGGUGGUGAAGUUCGAUCUAUAGCAUUCUGUGAAGGGACUCAUAGCAUUGCUUCUGCAUCUACGAAUGGGACGAUUGAUGUUUGUCGGAUUGAAUAUCUUCAGAAAUCCAACAGCCCAAAAUAUCAUGGAUACAUACCUGUGCGGCACUUUCAGUUGGAGGAAGGAGAGAGUGCUGUGUGUAUGGAACAUUAUGACACAGAAAUGGAAUCUGUGCUGGUCUAUGCGACAUCCAGAGGAAAACUAGUCGGAUUAGAUUUACGCAGCUCACGACCAGCAUGGACAUUCACUUCUCCAGCACAUCACGGUGCAUUGACUGCUCUAACUCUCGAUAGAAGGAGAGCAUGGGCGUUAACAGGAACUGAACGUGGUAUCAUGUCAUUGUGGGACAUUCGAUUUGGUAUACGAGUGCGAUCUUGGGGCCAUCCAGCCAAGGCCCGUAUACAUCGUCUAGAACCGUACACAGCUCCAGCAUAUGGACUUGCAUCGUCCAUAUCUGCAUCAGCUACUGGUUCGAAUGCUAUAUCGAAUGGAUCAACGAAAUUUGCUCUUGUAGCUGUGCAGGGACGUAAUUGUGAAGUUUCUGCUUGGGAUCUGGAAGCUGCUGAAUGUCGAGAAGUGUGGUGUCUUGUUGGUAGUGGUAGUAAUACCACCAGUAAUAGUAAUUCUAAUAGUAAUCCAACUCAUGGAGGUUUGACAUCUGCUAAUGCUGAUGCCAUCAAUGUCAACAAUGCUAGUGGAAGUAAUAAUAAUAGUAGUAAUAGUAGCACCACUGCUGAUCCAGCUGAAGAAAUGCAACGAAUGUAUGGUAAUGGUAUGAAGGCACGACAACCACCUUCACAAUCAGACUUUGAUGGUGUGCCUGCCCUCUUUGCUCCUGAAGCCAUUAAUAAUUAUGACAAUUCGGUACGAGCUAUUGUCUCGCAACCUGAUUUGCCCUUCCUGCUGACGGGUGGUACGGAUCGUAAGAUUCGAUUAUGGGAUACUGUGAAUGUUGAAUUGAGCAAUGUGGUUUCGGGGUUAGAUGUUGAUGAUUUGGCACCACGAUAUGCAUCACACGAAUACGCAAAUGUAACAUUUAAUCUCGAGUAUACACAAUCGCAUCUCUAUGGAGCCGGUGUCAUCAACAACACAAACAAUCAACGACGACCUGGAACAGGACGAUCAAUUAGUGGAACUGGUAGUGGAAACAGCAAUAAUCGUUCAACUCAUUCUUCUGCUGGGGGUAAUUCGAUGGGAGCCGAUGCUAGAUUCUUAUCUGGAUUGGGUAUUGGCUUGGCGGCGUCGCCAAGUCUGACUAGUCACUUGGAUGCUAUUGUGGAUCUGGGUGUUUUGAGAGUGCCAUAUCCACUUUUGGUUAGUGGCGAUAGGCAAGGGGUGAUUAAGGUUUGGAAGUAG